AUGAAAACACAAGUACGGGAAGUACUCCAGCACCACAAAACAGGGGAAGUCCUUUUGGCAGAUGUAUUAAGGGAGAGGAGCCUAACAAUACAUCUGCAAAGAAGGGUAAAAAAAAGCAAGAAGAAAAAAGAUAUUAAAGAUUUAAGAAAUUUUAAAAAUAAAAUAGAGGGCCAAGUAUUGGGGGAUGUCUUGGUACCUAAAAAUUUAGAUAAAGAUAAGGAAUUUUUGCUAAACAAUGAUAUAUAUGCUAAGAAGAAAGUUGUUGAAAAAGAUGUGGUAGAUGAGGUGAUAAUAACAGGUUGUAAUUUAGAUGCAAAUAAAGAAUUGACUUGUAAUAUUAAGGAGGUUAAAAAAAGUGAAUAUUAG